AUGACGGAAGAAGAAGCGAUGAGGGGUGUGAAUGACACAACUGAUCUGAAAUUACGAAAAUCUGCGCGAGCGGCAAUCGGUGAUGUUGGGCUUACAGAAGAUGAAGUGCGGAUUCAAGUGAGAAAAGAAGAAGUGGAGGAUCUGAAAGGCCCUCUUCACGUGCUGGUGGUGGUUCCGGGGAGUGCAGUGGAUGAUGGCGCUUGGAGCGCGAAGGAAUUAGCUACUGUGGACCCUAAAGUUCAAUUAAAAAUAUGGAGGUCAGUUGUCAGAGUUUCCUCAGAAGAUGUAUGCUCAGGGACAGCAGUGGUUGUGGAUCUAACGUCGACGCACUUGUAUCUGCUGACGAAUUUGCAGCCUUGGGUUGACGACACAUUCACUUAUCACUUGAGUUUUGACUUCACGAAGGAAAUCAAACGGUAUCGGAGACGCCACCCCCGGAUGAAAAGAAGUGGUAGGAAAAGGAACGCCAACAAUGUUCAGGACGCCGAUGUUGCAAAGCAAACACGUCGUAAAUCUACACGGACGGCAGCGAUGAAAUCAUCAGUUAAAUCAGACAAGCCUCAAGUUGUGGUGGAGCAACUCCUUCCCGAUAGGCAGAAGUCCACAGCUCCUGGUCUAUCUGGAAGCGCGAUUGUGUGCACCAAAAGUGGAGUAGUAGUGGGAUAUCUUGGUGGUGGACUUGAUGGCUCAGCAAAGAACGAGCAAUAUCAAAUCUAUGGAUACACAUUUCACGGAGUACUCCUCGAAUUACCGUCUUCAUUGCCGCAAGUUGAAAUAAAGGAUGAGCUAUAG